AUGAGCUUCCCAGACGUCAAACUGUACUACAAGGCGGCCAUUCUAGCAGCGCUAGCCACGACACACAGGGCAGCUAACCCACCACAAUGGGUAGCCAUUGAAUCCCAAUGGACAUGUAGAGCAGGGAUGCACCACUUGUUUUGGGUGCCAAAACACCUAAGGCCAACAACACCGACCAUGCUAGAGACCACCAAACUAAUGCUGCAUACCUGGGACACAUAUAGAACGCACCUCAGUGGCUCAGGAACCACAUCGCUAGCAUCGACAAUGUAUAGUAUCCACCUGAGAAACAAAACAUUUGACUAUCGGACUUGGACGGAUGCAGGGUGUACACACAUACACGACUUAUACAAGGGUACAUCCCUAAAACAGUUCCCGGACCUACAAACACAGUACAACCUACCGAGUAAAGCAAUUUUCUCAUACUUGCAGCUCAAGUCCACCCUACGGCAACCCAAGACUCCACCUACGACACCCAUGAUCUCAAACUUUGACACGUGGUGCCUCACGGGCAAGCCACACAGACGAAGCAUUUCAAAAAUAUAUAACACAUUGCUUGAGGGCACUCACGCAUCCACAGACAACUUUAUACAGGCAUGGCACAAAGACCUUGGCAGCACCUUCACGGAGGCCCAAUGGUCCAGAGCCUUCACAAUCCACAAGGGCAACACAGCCUGCAUUACACACUUUGAACAAGUGAGAAAACUGCAAUACAGGUGGUAUUUGGUCCCCACACGGCUAGCACACAUGUUCCCGAAUGUGUCUACUCAGUGCUGGAGAUGCCAGCUAGACACAGGCUCACUAAUACAUAUUUGGUGGACGUGUAAAGACGUGCAACCUUACUGGGCCAUGGUGAGCACCAUCGUGGACCAACUGCUUCCUGCAAAGAUGACCCUGACCCCGGCUACAUGCCUCUUAUACAUAUGGCCAGAAGGCCUGACCAAGGUCCACUCCAAACUCCUAUUCCACACGCUGAUAGCAGCAUGUAACCUAAUAGCAAAAAACUGGAAAUCACGGAACAUCCCCACAAAAGCUGAGCUAGUUACCCAGAUCCAAAAGAAUUGGGAAUAUGAACACAUGGCGGCCCAACAAUUGGGGACGGGAGUGGCAACUAUGGAGGCGGGGAAAAUUUGGGAACAAUACUGGAACAAGGUGAAGUCCCAAACAACUGGGGAUGAGUAA